CCCACUUUUCAACUCAACCAUCACAAGCACGUGUAUUACACGCAUUCUAAUCUCUCACCAAAACUUCAUUAUUAUGGAAAACACAAAUAGAAAGAAGAGAGUCCGAGUUAAUGUAAACUCAGACGAAUCAGAAUUCAACUCACCUGAAGUAAAGAAACUCAAAGAAAACCUCUUAGACGAUCUCAUCAACAACGAUUCCGAGUUCUCCGCCACGUGUCACGAUUUCGACUCCUUCAUGAAAACCUUAGAAGAACAAAUCACACCGUCACCGUUGCCGGCGACGGAAGUGGUGGAUUUAACGGCGGAUUCAGAAGAGUCUACGCCGGAGUUAGGUUAUCUUCUAGAAGCUUCUGAUGAUGAGCUUGGCAUUCCUCCACGUGUCAUGACGACAGUAGAAAUAAUAAAAUCUGAUGGUUUGUGCGAGUCAAAUGAACUCAGUAAUGAGUUAUGGGAAUUGGAUGAGAGAAUUCCGAAUUAUGACUUGUUUGAUUUGGGAAUUUAUAGUUCUAGUGUUUGUGAUUACGUGGCGAUAGAUGGAUUAUUUGAUGAUCAUUCGGAUCUUGGUUUCGGGUCACCUGAUUUUCUAUGGAGACCUGAGACUUUACCGGCAAACUAGAAAAUGUAAAUUUAAAUCUUUUUUUUUUUUGUUCUUUUAUUUAUUACUACUAUAUUAUUUAAUUGAAAACUGAUAAGCAAGGGCUAAGUAUACAAAUUUGA